UAAGCUUUUCAAAUUUUGGAGCUUUCGAUACCGAUUACAAAGUCAAUUUUCAAAGUAAUCUCGUCGUUCUGAGCCGCAUCGUAUUGUUUACUUCACUUUUAGCGUGGUCCGUAUAGCACAAGUUAUCAAAAUGAUGUUUUAUAUGCUGGCUAUAGAUGUCAUUCUGUAUUUCCUGCUCUUGCCCGAUUUUCCUUUAUGGGCUUUCUUGCUUUUCAAGUUGGUGUUUAUCAAUAGACCGCUGGAGAGGAUUGGAGUUGUUAUGUUGAAUGCCGUAGCCAAGUGGUAUAUAUAUCCAUACCUGGAGGAAUGGGUUGCCUUAGAGGAAGCGAAAUUGAACUCGGAACACCUUUAAUUUCUUUAUAAGAUAAAUGCAAGAAUGAUGUGAAGAAAACUAAAGUAAUACAACAUAAAGAAGAUUUUAGAGAUAA